AUGACUCGAAUUACGACUAUGCAAAACGGGGAAUUAAACGGAAGUGGAGAAUAUAAGGACAAACAGGGAGGGGGUGCGGGACUUCCUCUGACAAAAGUUGAAAACAAUGAUGGGAAGAAAGUAUUAACUAAUGGCAUGAGCAGAGUUCAUCGGAUUUUAUCCGAGGAUGAAAUAAAUCAAGGAAAGACGACACGUUGGACUGAGCUCGAAAUUCACGGUAGAGUUCGUAACCUAUCAAAUGCAUUAUGGCAAGUGAGUCACUUAUCCGCACUAUUUCUCAAUGGCAAUCAGUUGACGCGUGUUCCACCUGAAAUAUCACAGUUAACGAAUUUGACAAUGUUGGAUCUAUCUCACAACAAGCUAAGGAGCCUUCCUGCAGAGCUUGGAGAUAUGAUAUCUUUGUGUCACCUCUAUCUUAACCAUAACCAGCUCCGAGUUCUGCCAUACGAACUUGGAAAGCUUUUCAGAAUACAAACAUUGGGAUUACAAGGAAACCCUUUGUCUCCUGAAAUUAAUAAAAUUUAUCACGAAAGCAAUGGAUCACACAAAUUACUGCAUUUCCUUCACGAUCAUUUAGCAAUUAACACCGCACCGCCGCCUGAGCGGGAAUGGGUGAUGAUCCGACACGCAGAUCCCGACCGACCUAUAGCUACUUUUACUGUGCUGUGCUACAACGUGCUAUGUGAUAAAUAUGCCACUGUCAACCAAUAUUCCUACUGCCCAUCAUGGGCUCUCAAUUGGGAGUACCGAAAGAUGUCUAUUAUGAAAGAAAUUCGAAAUUACGAGGAUAACUUCGAAGUCGAAACGGAACAAUUUCGUCUAUUGUUUCAACCGGAAUUGAAAGUGUUAGGGUACACAGGGAUUUUUUCUCCAAAAUCUCGCGCAAAGACCAUGAAUGAAGAAGAUCGAAAGUACGUGGAUGGCUGUGCAAUCUUCUGGAAAUCGGAAAAGUUUGAGAUUGAGCGAGAGCACCUCAUAGAGUUUACGCAAAUUGUUGUGAAGAAAGCCGCCUCAUCGGAGCAUAUGCUCAACCGGGUUAUGCCUCGAGAUAACAUCGCGCUGUGUGCUGUUCUCCGGAUCAAGGAGAACGUCUACAAUAACAGACGCAUGACGAUGGCUGCAGCAGACAAUGUCGUUGGUUCACCGCUUGUUGUUUGCACUGCUCAUAUCCAUUGGGAUCCUGAACUUUGCGACGUCAAGCUGGUUCAGACUAUGAUGCUGGCGCACGAGCUGUAUAAACUUCUUGAGGAGGUCGCUGAGCAAUUUCGAAUAACACCCCAGCAAACGCCUGUGCUUAUAUGCGGUGAUUUGAAUUCGCUUCCCGAUUCAGGAGUCUUUGAAUUCCUCUCUCGAGGACAAUUGUCGCGGACUCAUUCGGAGCUGAAAGGAUUUCGAGACGAUAGUUGCUUGGAAAUGUUUUCUUCUGGCGUUCGCGAUCCGAACUGUUUCACCCAUUCACUCCGGCUCGACUUCCGCUGUCGAACUGAGCAAUAUACCAUUCACGAAUUACACGGAAUGAUUGACUAUAUAUUUUCGACGCCUCAAUCUUUGGCACGGCUUGGUUUCCUUGGCGCUUUCGAUUCGAAUUGGGUGGCACAAAACAAGAUCAUUGGAUUUCCGCAUCCUCACGUGCCGUCAGAUCACAUACCGAUCAUGGCGCAGUACGCAGUGAUACCAACGAGUCAUCAACGUGCACCUCCGCCUCCUCACCCUUUGAACAACUUCACUCGAUAG